AAAUAAAUAAUAAACACUGUCCAUUACAUUACAACCUUCAUUCAUCUUUAUUCCAAUAUGGAUGCUCCCCCCCCUGCUGCAGCAGAAGAACCUCCUAACACACCAACCCUAAAAUAUAAGACAUGGGUUCUCAAAGUCUCCAUUCACUGUGUUGGCUGCAAACGAAAAGUCAAGAGACUCCUCCAAAGCAUCGAAGGUGUGUAUACCAUUGAUAUUGAUUCGAAGCAACACAAAGUCACGGUUGUAGGCAACGUUGAAGUCGACAUACUUAUAAAGAAACUGAUCAAGAACGGAAAGCACGCCGAGAAGUGGCCGGAAAACCCCACCAAAAAGGAGAAGCCGGCCAACGUUGACGAGAAUAAAGACAAAGACAAAAGCUCCGAAAGCAGUGGCAGUGAUGAAGAAGAUAACAAUAAUAAUAACAAUAAUAAUAAUAAUAAUCCUCCACCUGAAAAUGGGAACACCCCAAGUAAACCCGGUGGUCCAUCAGUGAAGUUCGCUGGUGUACCGGAGAAUAAUCCGGCUCCAGCGAGUGAUCAAACGGGUGGUGGCGGAGGAGGUGGUGCAAAAAAGAAGAAAAAGAAAAAGAAGAAAAAGAGUAAUGCGGGUGCACCGCCUUCUGGUGGACCAGCGGACACCGGAAUGGUAGCUCCAGAUGUGGGGACUACACAAGUCGUUGAACAAGUGCAUCGUAGCCCUCAACAGGGCUACCCGUAUCCGAUGCCUGCUGGUCCAGCUUAUGCUGUGUGUUACAAUGAAGCGCACCCCACUGGAUACAGUGGUCCCGCGUACUAUAUUCCUCCUACACCGUACACAUAUGAUUACCUGGAGGAUGAUUAUGAAAUUGUAAUGUCAUCUCGUCCGUCGGAUACGUUUGAGAUGUUGAGUGAUGAAAAUCCGUACGGAUGUUCUGUUAUGUAAUUAUGUAAGGGUUGCCUUUUGUUUGAAUAUUGUGAUCAGGACACUGGAACUUUUGGAUUUUAACACUUUGUACUUUUGUUGUCA